AUGAGUGGAGGUUUCGACGGACUCGAUUUAAACUCGCCCUGGGAUGACCAGCCGUCCAGCGGCAUCCAUGCUGAUGCUGCACCAACUUCACAGCCUAAGCUUGACGAUGUAGCAGGGGAAACACAAGCUGCCGCUGCCGCUAUCUCUCCAUCUGCCCCCGCCGCCAUUACAACAUCGAUACCCACCAGGGUCGUCCCUUCGAAGACCAGAGGUCCACCUCGUCGAGGCGGAGGGACUGUCGCUAAACUCGAGGCUGUAGAUGACUCCUUCAAUCCGCUCGGUCCGCUCGGUGGUAGCGAUGAUACCGAAGAACCUAUUACCUCCCCUCUAGGGCUCUCAGCGGAGCUACCCCCUCAACCACCAACCAAGGAGCCUGGCUCCCGAGGUGCUAGGAGUGUUAGCACCGCAUCCGUACCUAGUACAAGGGACCUUAUGGAGAGUGUCAAUUUAGAAGAUGAGGACGAGGAUGAUGGGUUGAUGGGAAGGAAGCCAAGGCAGCCACCACCGGUUCCCGCUACACCCACUAGGGAUACUAGCAGAGUUAUCCCACCUAGUGUACCUAUUGAGCUAGCUGCCAAACCAACUUUUGACAUUCAGGUUGGGGAUCCGCACAAAGUCGGUGAUUUGACAAGUGCACAUAUCGUUUAUCAGGUUUCUACCAAGACUUCAUCUAAAGCUUACAAAGUCCCGGAAUUCACGGUUAGUCGAAGGUAUAGAGACUUCCUUUGGCUCUACAAUGCACUUAUCGUGAGCAAUCCUGGUAUUAUCGUCCCGCCACCACCGGAGAAGCAGCAGCUUGGACGAUUUGACCAAGAUUUUGUUGAAUCGCGUAGAGCUGCGCUGGAACGUAUGCUUAACAAGAUUGCUUUGCACCCGGUAUUACAGCAAGAUGGGGAUCUCAAGAUCUUUUUAGAGUCCGAAUCUUUUACGGUGGAUAUUAAGCAGAAGGAGAGACAGACUGUUAGUGCAGAGACUGGAGGCGGUGGAUUAUUCGGGUUUGGAGUUGGAGGGGCGUUUUCCACGGCUCAGAAGUUUGUGGAGACAGAUGAAUGGUUCUUGGAUCGAAAGGCAUAUCUUGAUGCUCUUGAUCUUCAGCUGAAGAAUUUGAUGAAGUCGAUCGAUACGGUUAUUAAGCAGCGAAAGGAGUUGGCAGAAUCGGCGAACGAGUUUGGAAACUCACUACAUGCUCUUUCAGCUGUGGAGUUGAGCAAUAAUCUUUCCUCGCCUUUGGCUUCUUUAGCAGACCUGCAAAUACGGCUGAGGGAGCUGUAUGACCGUCAAGCGCAACAGGAUGUGCUUACCCUUGGAAUCACAGUUGACGAAUAUAUUCGACUGAUAGGGUCUGUGAAGUUGGCUUUCCAGCAGCGACAAAAGGCUUUCCAUUCAUGGCAUGCGGCGGAAUCAGAGACGCAGAAGAAGAGGUCCACUUAUGAGAAGUUGCAGAGGCAAGGAAAGACACAAGGUGAUAGGUUGAAUCAAAUGCAGGCUGAAGUUGCAGAUUCGGAGAAGAAGCUGCACCAAGCGAGAGUUUUGUUCGAUGAGAUGGGCAGGUUGAUGAAGAACGAAUUGGAGAGAUUUGAGAAGGAGAAGGUGGAGGAUUUUAAGAGUGGGGUUGAGACAUUCCUGGAGAGUGCGGUGGAGGCGCAGAAGGAGGUUAUUGAGUUAUGGGAGACGUAUCUACUUCAAUUGGACAGGGAGAUCGCAGAGGAUGAGAGUUUGGCGGAGGUAAAGAACCUUAGGAUCGAUGCGCAGGAGAACAUUCCUACGUCACCAGCGACUCCGGAUACAGCAGCGGCGACAGCGUCUGAAGAGCAGUGA